AUGACAAAAGGCCCUGAAGGUGGUAAGCUUCCAAGUAAUACUAUUCCAAAUCCAAAGGGAAGCUUUGAGUCUGCCAAUGCCAUCACCACCAGAAGUGGAACGAUCAUCAAUGACGUCCCUAAGGCACAAAAGAACACCACCGUGCACAUUAGUGAAGAAGAGGAGACGCCAACUUCAAAUAGGAAGGAAAAAAAUGGCCCAGCAACGUCCAGGAUUGAAACUGACGUUGCAAUCCCAGACCCUGCUACGUCCAGGAUUGAAAGUUCAUUAUUUGAAAAAUCCAAGAAAGAUGAAAGUGAGAAAGCUAUCUUGGAAGUCUUUAAGAAAGUGCAAAUAAACAUCCCUCUCCUUGAUGCAUUGAAGCAAGUACCAAAAUAUGCAAAAUUUUUGAAGGAGCUUUGCACUACGAGGAGACACAUUCGUGAGAAGGAAGUAGUGAAAGUUGGCGCCAAUGUUUCUGCCAUGAUUGAUGGAAAACUUCCUCCUAAAUGCAAGGAUCCCGGAAGCUUCACUGUUCCAUGUGUGAUUGGUAACAUUAGAUUUGACAAUGCUAUGAUAUACUUAGGUGCCUCCAUAAAUGUUAUGCCAUAUUCUGUUUAUACAUCUCUAGGCCUAGGUGAGCUUAAAAAGGAUAAUGUUAUCAUUCAAUUAGCAAAUAGAUCUAAUGCAUAUCCAAAAGGUCUUUUGGAAGAUGUUCUUGUGCAGGUUGACAAGCUAAUUUUUUCAGCGGAUUUUUAUGUUUUGGAGAUGGAAGAGUCCCCUUUGACUCCAACGCCACUUUUGUUGGGACGUCCUUUUAUGAGAACCGCAAGGACUAAGAUUGAUGUCUACGCCGGCUCAUUGACCAUAGAAUUCGAUGGCGAAGUGAUUGGCUUCAAUAUUUUUGAAGCCAUGAGGUAUCCUUUACAUGAAAUUAAUUCUUGCUUUUCUAUUCAUGUUUUUGAUACACUUGCGCAAGAAUUCUUAAAAGCAAAGCAAUGA